UUUUCAGUCAGAGGUCCAGAACAGUGUUCAGUUGUCACUUAUGCCUCAUGCCCCGAUGGAUGGAUUGGGUACCUGGGGAAAUGCUAUUACUUCUCUGAAGAUGAAGCAGACUGGUUUUCAAGCCUCAGAAACUGCUCCUCACUAGGGGCCUCCCUGUCAACCAUUGAAACACACCAGGAAAUGGGUUUCCUGCUGCGUUACAAGGGUCCCAUUUAUCACUGGAUUGGCCUGAGAAAAGAUCAAGGGAUGCCGUGGGAAUGGGCAGAUGGGAGAGUCUUCAACAACACCCUGUUUGACAUUAUUGAGGGGGGAUACUGUGCCUUCCUGAAUGAUGUGGCAGUCAUGUCCUCAUUUUGCAAGACCAAGAAGAACUGGAUCUGCAGCAAGCAUGCAGCAAAAGAAGCAGGUGGAAGAGAGAGAUGUAAAGCUACAUGAAUGGUAGUUUCAAGUAAUGAGCAAGGAGGGGGGAAAUGCAUACAUUACAUUCAACAAUAAACUCAUUAUAAUAUGUUA